UUUUCCUGUAGUCCACGAUCAGCUCCUUUGUAGAGUAGUUCAAGUGGAUCCACACACACACACGAAUGGUCCACCCCACUUCACAAAAAAGCCCACAUUGUGAGCUGUUGAUUGUGCCCUACGUGUGAAUGUUCCUGCUGUGAAGUAGUGUAGGGGUUAAAUGUUGUUGCUGUGUUCCAGUCACAGGGAAGACCACCACCCUAAUUUGGUACGCUCAGCAGAGGCCACACCUCCACAUGGCCUUCAACAAGUCUGUGGCCACCCAGGCCCAGCGCUGUUUCCCCAGCAACGUGGACUGCAGGACGGUCCACUCCAUGGCUUUCGGGGCCGUCUGCUUGUCUGUCGGUCUAGACCAGUUUCUGUCCUUAUGUCUAGAACAGUUUUGUUCCAUAUGUCUGGUUGUCGUCAGUCUGUCAGUAAAGCCAUUCAAUCAGUUCAAUCAGUCAUCCAGUUGGCCAUGUUCAGGUCCCUUUCCCCUCUCUCCCAGUUACCAGGAGUUGAAGAAGUUGUCUAGMAACGUGAAGCCCUUCUCUGUGGCCUGGGUGCUGCCUAAGGGCAGCGGGGGCUUCGUCAAGGUGGUCACCCUGACCCUCAAUGCCUACAUGGCCUUGGCCGACACACACAUCACCCGCAACCACGUACAGAAACACACAUGGCACAGUGACCGUGCCUGACCGCAAUGCAAAAAGGGUAAGUGUUAUACUCAAAAACCUCUCCUCCCAAAGAAACAUCCAACACACACAUUCACACACCAGAAAACACACACUUUCUCUUCUCAAAGCUUUUGGUUUGGUUCAGAGAUUGCCUACAUUGGAGCCACGAUUCUCCAAGUGUGUAAGAAAGUGUAGAAGAUUCUGGUAGGAGGAAAACAAAUC